UGAGCAUUAGUAAAGGAAACUGCAGACACACACACAGUAUCAGUGUGUGUAAGAAUUAGUGAUUCUGAAUUGAGUUUGUGAAAAUGCUUCUACGAUGACUAUCCCUGUGACAGAGUCCGUUGGUGUGAGGAAAUGUAAAUUAUUCACCCAGUUCUCACCACCACACCAUCGUAUUCAGCGUUCUAGCCGCAGGAUGUACUUUCUUCUCUUCUCCGCGUGUCUGCUUUGCGCGCACGCCCUCGCGGGACCCGCGCCCUGUCCUACUAAGUGCGAUGUAACCAAGUGCGCGUCGCCGCGCGCUCCAUGCACGAGCGGCCGCGCGCUGGACCGGUGCGGCUGCUGCGCGCUGUGCGCCGCGGGGGAGGAGGGAGCGACGUGCGGCCGCAAGCGCGACCUGCCCUGCGCCUCUGGGCUGGAGUGUGCGCGCUCUGGAGGGAAGAGAUCCACGAAGGGGGUUUGUAGAUGCAAGAGCGGCUCGCCGGUGUGCGGCAGCGAUGGAAAGACGUAUGAAAACCGGUGCAGGCUGGAAGCGGCCAGUCGCAGAGCAGAGCAACGUGGAAACGCUCCGGUCACGCACGUGCACAAGGACCGGUGCACAUCUGCAGCUCCAGGUCCCACACACCACAACAGCCCCAGGUACAAGUAUAACUUCAUUGCUGAUGUUGUAGAAAAAAUUGCCCCUGCUGUGGUCCAUAUCGAGCUCUUCCUCAGCCAUCCGCUGUUUGGCCACCAUGUACCAUUAUCCAGCGGUUCAGGAUUCAUCGUGACAGAAUCUGGGGUGAUUGUGACCAAUGCUCAUGUGGUGAGCAGCAGUGCCACUACGGUGGGCCCACAGCAGCUUCGGGUUCAGCUUCAAGAUGGGAAAACAUACGAGGCGUCCAUAACAGACAUCGACAAGAAGUCUGAUAUCGCCACCAUCAAAGUCAACUCACGAAAAAAGUUUCCAGUUCUUCCUUUGGGUCACUCAGCUGACCUGCGCCCAGGCGAGUUUGUGGUAGCUAUCGGUAGCCCGUUCGCUCUUCAGAACACUGUGACUACAGGCAUUGUGAGCACAGCACAGAGAGACGGCAAGGAACUCGGCAUCCAGGACUCGGACAUGGGCUACAUUCAGACUGAUGCCAUCAUCAAUUAUGGAAACUCAGGUGGCCCUCUUGUCAACCUUGAUGGUGAGGUUAUUGGGAUAAACACACUGAAGGUGACAGCUGGGAUUUCCUUUGCCAUACCAUCCGACCGUAUUAAUAAAUUUCUAGAGGAAUCUUAUGACAAGCAGUACAAAGAUAAACACAGACUAGUUAGGCUGCAGUAUGCACCAUCUCAGCCUGUGGUGUCUGACUCAGAUGUAAAAAGUACUAAGAAAAGAUAUCUGGGAAUCAGAAUGAUCACCCUCACAAAGAAUUUGGUUGAAGAGUUGAAACAACAUGAUCCAUAUUUCCUGGAUGUCAGCAGUGGAAUUCUCGUUCACGAGGUCAUUCCAGAUUCCCCAGCGCAAAAGGGUGGACUUCAAGCAGGUGAUGUGAUUGUAAAACUUAAUGGCCGUCCAUUGAUCAGCACUGAAGAUAUACAGUUGGCGCUUCAUGGAGACAUGCCCCUUCUUUUGGAAAUUCAUCGGGGUGACAAUAAUCUACUCUUUAACAUCGAACCACGUGCUCUUGUACAGUAAAAAUGAAGGUUUGCUGGAAAACUGGUGUGGUUUUAAACGACAUUGGGUUUUAAUGGAAUUUAAAGUGCAAUUCUUUUAACUUUUUAUGAGUGAGAAAAAGAUGGAGGUGACAUAUGAACAAAAACGUGAAGUGUAGUUUAGACCAUAUAUUAACCAGAGAACAUCAGUACAUUGUAAGUGAGGACUAGGAUUUGACCAUUUUCUCUAAAUUCAGCUGAAAGGAUUUUACAUUAUAUUAUUUUCAGAUUUUAAAAUACAGCUAUACAGUCACUGGAACUAAAUAUCUGUCUUUAAAUCCUAGUCUUCUCACUGUAUUCACUACAAACUACCUGAAAAUAUUCUUAAAUAUUACUUCCUAUAUACGUUACAUAAUUUUUAACUGACUGGCCGACUGAAAUAUGUUCUUGGCUACAUACAGUAGCAUUGUAGUACAAUAUUCAUUAUUUAUGUGCUGUUUAUCACACUAAUGCAAGCAGGUCUUUCUACAUACACUAGCAUGUAUAUAUAUUUUACAUGUUUUAUAUUACAAAUAAAUCUUUUUAACAAAA